UUGUCUAUUUUGGAGGCAAACCAUAAAAAAUGCAAUCUUUGUUUACAGUGCGGGAGCGAAUUUUAGGUAUGUAUGUAAGGGGAAUGACUCCACAUGGACAAUGGCCAAUAUUGUUCAUAGAUGACCUUAAAGCAAAUGAGUUAAGAACGAACUCUUGCUCAUACCCAGAACGAGGAGAGGACGUAUGUGCAGAUGUUAUUGAAAUUGAAAUCAAUCCAGCAAAAGAAUUGAGUCAGAUUGAGAUAACAAGGCCGGAUUAUUUGACGCUUUGAGAGAUUGAAAUUUUUGAAGUCGCUUGUCGGGUUCCAGACGCCCCAGUACACGGCAUGUAUCUUUAUCCUAAUACAACUUCUCCAAGAGAAUAUGUGCCAUUCAAUUCUGAAAUAGUCCUUUCCUGUGACACUGGGAUUUCCAUUUCCAAGUCAAAUUCUGAUAAAAGGAAAUGCUUGAAAACCGGUAACUUUGACAAAACUGAUUUGAUAUGUACUGGAAACUGCCAGAUACCAAUUGUUCAGAAUGGCUUCUAUUCUACGAAUAGCCAACGUUUUGUAAAUGGCACGGUAUCGUCUGGUAUGUACAUUUAUCUCCAUUGUAACGACGGAUAUGAAUUAAAAGACCAAAGACAGAGUUUAAAGUGUGAUGCAGACAGCCUUUUUGUGUCUACACAUCCUUCUUGUGAAGAAAUAAAGUGUAACAACCUACCAAGUAGGUUUUCGAAUGGUUUUUACACACCUCCAAUUAAGAAAGACACAUUCAGUUACAAUUUCACAUUUGUUCCUGUUUGUAAAACAGGUUUCACACUCGUAAGUGAACAAAACAGAACAUGCAUAUCUAAGAACAAAUGGAGUGGUUCAACACCUUCAUGUACACAAGUCACAUGUCAGGUACCUAUUCUCAGUAACGGCUACUACCUGUCCAAAAAGAAACUGGCUGUCAGUUUGCCUACUUUUGAGACAAUUCAGCCUUAUUGCCAUACUGGAUAUUUGUUAACGAGAAGUGAAAACCUGACAUGUCAGGAAGAUGGACAAUUUAGUAGGGGAAAUUUCGAAUGCAGGAGUGUCACUUGUUCAUCGUUUGGGAAACUUGAAAAUGGAAUUUUGCAUUACAGCGACGGAUUUAUUACGCACCAGGAUGCUGACAUUGGCAAGAACUACAGAUUUGGGGUGAAAGUAAGGGCAUCAUGUAUUCCUGGUUUUCACCUUACGCGUGGCUCUACAGAGCAAACUUGUACUGAAAAUGGGACUUAGGAUGGAGUCAAACCAGCAUGUAGUAAAAUAAGAUGCAACGACACAGGCAUUCUUAGUUCACGAUUUGAACAAAGUUCUUCAGUGUUUUCGUUUUUGGAACGAGGAACUGCUUCGUACAACA